CGCGUCCCUCCUCACUCAUCACAAGUGAUCAUCCUCAAUCACAGUUACCAUGGCUCUCAAGAUCGCCCUUCUGUCUGCCUUCGCGGUCGCCGCCCUCGCCCGCCCUGACACUCCCCCUGACUCCUACCACGCCCCCGAGCCAUCCUACCACCCGCCCGAGCCAACGUACCAAGCCCCUGCUCCCUCUUACCGCGCUCCUGCUCCUUCCUACAGCGCUCCUUCUCCUGUAUCGCCGCCCAAGUACGACUACAACUACGGCGUGACGGAUGAUGCUUCCGGCAACAACUACAAUGCCCAAGAGACGCGCGACGGCUACGACACUCAGGGAUCCUACUACGUGCAGCUCGCCGACGGCCGCCUCCAGAAGGUCACUUACUACGUGAACGCCGACUCAGGCUUCGUGGCCGAGGUGACCUACGAAGGCGAGGCUAGGUACCCCCAGCAGAGUUACGCCCCUGCCCCCUCCCCCUCCUACGGACCACCACCCACCCCCGCCUACCAGUGAGACCAGACACGAUAUACUAUUAAAGAUUAUUUAUUGAAGUAUACCCUGGCAUAACCU